AAUGUGCAAAUCAUGGAAUAUUUCCAUUGCUCUACUGAUUGUAUAUGCUUCUUUGUGUUGGACUACAUGUAUUAAUGACGACGAUUGUCUCGAAGUUGGAUCGUGCGUUAAUGGUGUAUGCGUCUGUCCAGAACCGUACAAUGGGUUAAUGUGUUCCUAUGGAAAGACGUUUAAAAUCAUAAAGAACUCCGCUAUAGAUAUACCUGCAAACACCAGAAUAAGGAGAUGGCAAGCUAAUAGUUAUAAUGAUUAUAAAUUAAAAGGAAUAUGUGGACGUAAUGAUUUGGUUUAUGAGCAUUCAAUCGAUUGUUUAUCAUUUUUAUGGCAAAAGAGCGACUGUACUGGAAAAGUGCCAACCAGCAGUUUCAACAAUUGGAGAAAGCUAUCAGUUGCAUCCGUCAAAGAAGAUAUGCUACUAUACUAUCCGCACUCAACCCAUGUUUCUCGGCAUACUACAUCAAAAAGAUAUAAUAGGAUUGAGUGUUUCGGGAAUUUAGCUCUAAAUGAAAAUAACAUUGCUUUAUAUUCCGAAGCAAACUUAGAAACUGCAGGAGUAACUUUAAAUUCUCCAGAUCGAUCCGCCUGGAUUAUUGACGGAAGUACACUAUCAAACAUUGAAAGCUGUCUUUAUGUUAAAAGUUCCUCGAUAAUUGUUAAAAUUAGUUUACAAAAGGUAUUUCUAUUGCGUAGUUUGCAUAUUGUUCAUCCUAAUAUAACAGAACAACAGACAUUUAAUAUCCAUGUUGAUGCAUCCAAUAAUAUAUGCAUAGAAAAUGUGAUUCUACCAUCAGGAAAAGCUGGAACAAAGGAAAUUGUUUGUCAAAAUUUGCAAAUUAUUCCAGGAAUGACUGUAUUGAUUACAGCAAAUUCUUAUUUGGCCAUAUGUGAAGUUGAAAUAUUUACAAACAAUUUAGCUUUCAUGAAGCCUACAUAUGUAAAAAAUGCAUCCCCUCAACACUAUUCUACACUAGCUGUCGAUCAUGAUCCAGCUACUUGCCUUAGAAGUGAAAUGCCCACAACAUCAUCAGAUUUAGAAUUAUGGAUGGCAAUUAAUUUAUUAAAAACAUAUGAAGUCUAUGGUAUUGAUAUUCUGUUUCCAAAAGAUUAUCCUGCAAGCUCAGUGAAUGUCUACAUAACAUCUACUAACCCUGUGUUUGAUGACACAGUAAAAAGUCAUUGUGGAGAUCUGCAAUCAAUUGCUUCUAACGAAUACCAAACUCUUUUCUGUUCAAAUAAAACGAUUGGCCAAUUUGUUUUGGUUCAUUCUGACAGUAUACAAUUGGACAUUUGUGAAAUUGAAAUUUUUGGUAAAUUUGUCGCAGAAUUAGAUGAGAACAAAAUUAAUAUAGCUUAUUUAAAGCCUUUGAUAUGGUCUGAUACAGAAAACGAACAUUAUAAAUCAAUUGCUUAUGCAACAGAUGGCGCCAGCGAUAUAAAUGGUUACGUAAUUACUAUAAAAGAGUGGCUAUCAAUUGACUUGAUGGUUAUGUAUACAAUCAAGGACAUAAUAAUUAAUAUUAUGACAUCUGAGGACACCGACAGGGUCACCUUGAAUAAUCUAGAAUUUGAUGUAAUCAUUAGAGAUCAAACUAUAGAAGGAAUAUCUAGCGAUGAGCUAAUCACCAAUUGUGCGUCAGUGACCAGACCAAUAUUUCGUGGGCAAUCAGUACCAGUUACUUGUAUGAAUCCUAUGCCAGAGGGUAGAUUUGUAAUUCUGUAUGUAACAGAGGGUAUUCUGAGUCUGAACGAAGUAGAAGUAUAUGGUAUAAAAGUAAUUAAUGCAGAAAUGGUGCAAAUAAAUUUAAAAGAUGUUGAAGCAUCCACCUCGGAAGAUAAUAUACACCAAAGAAAAGAACAGAUUAUUGAUGGAAAAUAUGACUUUCUUACAAUGAAUCAACGUUUAUAUUGCACGACUUUUCUAGGCGAAGACUAUAGUAAAGUUAUUGUAAGUUUUGAUGGAUGGUACUCUGUUCACGAGGUUCUAAUCGAAUAUCCGAUGGAAUCUGCUCUUUAUGGCAUAGUGAUCUCAAUACAGGAUCAUAAACGACCCUUUGAAAUGCAAAAAUGUUCAAUUCACACUGAAAAAGUUCGAUUGAGAAAAAAAUUAUAUUCCUAUUUUUGUCAACGAAAAGCUUAUGGCAAUCAGUUAAUUGUAUAUAAAAGAGUUGGUGACAGGAAAUUAUCAAUAUGUGAAUUAGUCGUUUUAGGACGAGUAAUUAAUCAAUCAGAAUUAUUUCCCAUGGAGCCAAUUGGAAGACUCAUUUUACCUGAUUAUAUUAAUACUAUUAAUUGUGAAGAUACGGCUGGUGAAUUCUUACUUUCCUUUGGGAAAGAAAUUACUCUUGUAGCAAUUGCUAUAAAAAUAAGUUCAAAGGCUCCAUUUCAUUCAAAUAUUUCAUUUUACGCUAUUAAUGAUAACAUAAACGUCCUUUGUGCCUCUCACGAACAAUCUACUGGAAACGAAAGUCUUUUGAUUGAUAGUACUUUUGUGUAUUAUUGUUCUCUGAAGAUAAAUAUUAAGUACAUCAAUAUCCAAUCGGCUGAUGACGUAAAAUUAAAGAUUUGUAGUGUUUACAUAAUCGCCGAAAAAUCUAUUAAACACAUGAACAUGGAUGUCAUUCACGCUGCAAAAAAGUUCAAAAGAGGAUUAUCGACAAUUCAAUCCAAUAUAUUAAACCCAAUCGAAUUGUUAUCCUGUACAAGCAAUUCUGAUUGCUUGUCAAAUGGAUUAUGUAGUAAUGGAAUUUGCAACUGUCCCACGCCCUUUGAUUGGAACAUAUGUAACGAAGGAGAAACGUAUAGGUUGGAGACUGACAAAAUGACCAGUGCGACAGAAGCAAAGUCAGGAAUAAAACCAAAUAUAGAGGAUUGUUUAGCCUACUGCCAAAGUACACCUAAUUUUGCUGCCUUUUAUGUUAAAUUUACAAAUCCAGCGUACUUAUGUAAAUGCUAUUCGGAAGUUGCGUAUGCUUUAACAAAUGAUAUAGGAGCUUAUUUGCUCAUUCGAAAAGAUGUUCGUGAUGGAAUAUGUGGAAAGGUAAACUCAAUAGUUCCGCCAAAUGAUGACUGUUUACAUAAGUUAUGGUUGGACGCGAAAUGCCUUUCAAGCAAAUUUAAAGCUAAUAACUAUUGGCGAACUAAUGCUAUCACUACUGCUGCAAACGAUAUGAGUUAUUAUUCUUCUAGAUCGCGAAGAGAUAGACUGAAAGGUGGUACAGUCUAUUAUAGAAUGGAAUGCUUUGGAAGUCUGGCAACAAGCCAUCUCAAUGUCGCUCUACAUAGACAAGUUCAGGCUUCCACAACACCUACUGAUUUAUCGCUUCAUCCUUCCCAUGUAACUGAUGGAAUAUACUUGCUAAAUGAACAACUAAAUUCUUGUAGUGUCGUUGGACAACCUUCUCCAUUUUUAAAAAUAAUGUUUCACAGACCUUUACUCAUUAGACGGAUUGUCAUUUGGUCGGCAAACAUUGAUGUUUAUCAACUUGUCGAUAUUUACCUUGAUACAACUUCGAACAUGUGCCAAGACAGCGUAGAUUUAAAAAACAAAACAUGGACUGAAGUAAUGUGUACAGGAGGAAACUUAGCCAGGAAGAAUUCAUUUACGAUCGAACAAAAGGUAACAAAUACUCUGCAUAUUUGUGAAGUUGAAGCCUUUACAGAAAAUUUAGCUGAAUAUCGACCAGUAUAUGCGAGCUCAACUGAAGCCAAUUUUAGUCCCGGUUCAAUUGUUGAUGGAGAUACGCUAUCAUGUUUUUAUUCUACACUCCAAGAUUCACCUUGGGUUUCAGUAAAUUUGUUAGAUGUUUACCGAAUUUAUGGUGCAGAUAUUGCACCAACAUAUGUAAGCUCUGCAUAUUCCUUUCAAGCGAAAGCUUACUUAACAUAUGAAAAUUCAAGGACCUAUUGGCAAUCUAUUCAAAAGAAUCUUUGCUCUAAUUUUGCAAAAUCCGUGUCCUCAGCUAAUUAUUUUGUAGUUAUUUGUUCAAAAGGAGGUGUUGUAGGGCAGUAUUUUCUCCUUGAAAUAUCAACAACAGACGUACUUUCAUUUUGUGAAAUUGAAAUUUGGGGAGAUUUUGUUGCAAAAUCUAAUGUAACUUCUGCAAAUAUUGCACUGAAUAAACCUUUAUGGGGUUCUUCUUCUUAUCACCCUGAGGUUAAUCUUGAACUUUUCUCCGUUGAUGGACUCACAGAUAAGAAAUUCUUUCAUACAUUGGAAGAAAAGUCAUGGGUAUGUGUAGAUUUUUUGGAUAUUUAUGAAUUGCACGUAGUUGCAGCUCAGGCCCGACCAGGAUAUGAAUCAAGAGCAAAUAUGGUUAGUGGAACUCUAUUGAAUUAUCGUUUAAACAAAGGAGACUCAACUGAUACUUUAACUGCGAAUUGUUUUGACAAUAAUGUUAAUUUUUUAAGCGGAGAGUAUAAAAUGUGGAAAUGUUUUGAUCCAAAUCCUAUUGGAAGAUAUUUAGUAUUAUAUCUUAGAGACGUUAAUAAACUUCAUUUUCCCGAAAUUGAAGCCUACGGAACAAGGAUAGGUGAUGAAAGGCAUAAGAAGAUAGAGAUAGUUAACGUUACGAGAAAUACAGAAUUGGGAGCCAAUAUUUCAAAUGAACAAUAUGAACAAUUUCCAAUUAAGAUAUACGAUGGAAAUACAGAUAAUAGAUUUGGAAAUAAUAUUUCUCAUUCAUGUUCAAGCGUACAACACAAUUUCGAGAGUAAAUUUACCAUAACCUUCUCAGAUAUAUUCGAAAUUUAUGAAAUAUUCGUGCAAAUUCCGUAUGAAGAUGACGUCUUUAAUUCUGUAAUGGUAUCUGUAGAAAAUGAUGAAAGGGAAGAAGAGAGGCAACUUUGCUAUGCGAAGGACAGACCUUCUUUUGAUCGAUCUCCUUUACACAUUAAAUGCCCUGUUAACUAUUUUGGAAAUAAAAUUUCAUUUUAUAGAAGCGAUGGAAGUAAGAUUAUUAGUAUAUGUGAAGUUAUUAUUUUUGGGAAAGCUGCGCAGCAAAAUCCUUUAAACGUUACUGUUGACAAAAAUGCUUCGUCUAUUAUUAAAUUACCUACUUACGGAGUUUUGCCAAAUUCCCAUUGUACUAUAGGAUCUAUGGCACAAGAAGUUUUUGUACAUUUCGAACAAUUUUUAGAAAUUAUUGGUAUUGGAUUUGAAGUACCGGAGAGUUUUAAUUGGUCGCAAAAAAUAGCUUUUUCUGCUUUAAAUAGAGAUUCACAAGAAAACUGUACACAUUUCAACGGCUAUGUAAAUGUUGCUCAAAAGACUCGAUUAAUGUUUCCUUGUAGCUCACAGCUAAUUGCUAAGUAUAUACACCUUCGAUCGCACACAAGCAAUAUCAAUAUAUGUAAAGUUUACGUUCUCUUUCGCAAUUUUUCUUCGGAAUUCGAUAAAUUUAGGGCAAUAGUUUCAAAUAAUAAUAUGAGAACCGAAUUAAUCAACUUAAAGGAAAGCAACAUACAUAAUGUACUGAACUGUUUAGCAACGUGUAAAGAAUUAAGACUAGCUCGCUUUAAAACAACAUCGAGUCAGAAGACUACUAUUACGGUGGAAAAUUAUAGCGAAUGCAAUAGACAAUGUAUUGCGAACGACGACUGUGUUGCUUUUGAAUUGAAUGUAAAUGAUCCUAAACAAUGUUCACUAUUAACCGAAGUAAUAUAUGAUCUAAUAAAUGCAUUUGAAAGGCACUUAUUAGUGAGAAAAACAAAAUCUCUAGGAAUAUGUGGUAGAGAUAUUGAUAGAAAGGCAUAUUGGGAUGAAUGUAUUCAGUUUAGUUGGAAAUCGGUUGGUUGCGUAUUAGAAAAUGCAGAUAUUGAAUAUGGUUAUCAUAGGCGACUAAGCAUAAAAUCAUCAAGAAAUGAUAUGGGAGUCUACUUCCGUUAUUCCAAUCUGUAUACUAAACACCGAGGCCGUAAAGCAUUAUAUCGAACAAGGUGUUUUGAAAAAACAGCUUCGAACAUGCUUAAUGUCGUCAAGCUCCGUCAACAUAUAGCAAUUGAUAAAGAAAUUCAUUGUGUUGAAACUUUCUCAGACUUUGGUAAAAAGAUAUACUUUAAUAAUAUUAUAGGAGAUAUUCAUUUGUGUGAAGUAGAACUUUAUACAGGAAAUUUAGCUCUCUUAAAGCCAGUGGCUGUUGCGGCAGUACACAAUCAACAAGCUCAAGGACAUCUUGUUGAUUCUGAUAUCACUAGUUAUUACGAAAUUAGAAAUAGCGAAGUUAAAAUAUCAAUCGACCUCGAGCGUAUUUAUGAAGUUUAUGGAGUUGAUAUUGUAGCAAAACAAAAUCAAGAACAUACCUUAACCAAUAUUGAUUUUUUUCUAUCGAAAACUCAUCCUUUUCUCACAUUGAAUUCUUCAAGUAUGGAUUUAUGCCAUUCCUACCAAGGGCCACCUGCCACCCUCCCAAAAUACACAACCAUUCUAUGUAAAGUUGGUGGGGUAAAGGGCAGAUAUCUCUAUUUAUAUAAAUCGCAUACGAAUCAAUUUGCCCUCAGUGAAAUAUAUGUUUGGGGCAACCAUGUUGAUAGUACGGAUAAUAUUGCAACAAAUAUUGCUCGUGGUAAACCUGCAUGGAGUGGCUAUUUUUCCUUUAAUGGAUGUGAAAAUAUAUAUUUGACGGAUGGAAAAUACCUUUACCAAACUUCUUACUCGACUGGUGCAAAAAAUUGGAUAUGUGUUGAUCUCAUACAAGAAUAUAUUGUGCAACAAAUUGCCGUAACAGUGACUAUGUAUUGGUUAGAGAAUUACCAUAACUUGUGUGGAGGAGUCUAUAAUUCAUCUUUAGAAUCAUCAACUCCCUUCUCUUUGACUUGUAAUUGUUUUAACAAUGCAAAUUCUUUCUCACCAAUGGAAUAUAGAAUAUGGGAAUGUACCGAUCCCAAUAUCUCAGGCAGAUUUGCUAUGUUAGCUGUUGAUCAUUCAGCUAUUCAUUUUAUUGAAGUAGAAGUCUAUGGUUUAGAAAAUCCCCGUAAAAGUUCAGAAACUAUUCCGCUGCAGAGAGUAGAAUCCAAGUCAGAUACUCUAAACUCCUAUGGCAGGGAACCAUUUAAAUCAAUAGAUGGAGAUUUUUCAUAUCAUGUUAGUACAGAUAGUCUCAUCUAUUCGUCUUGUACCUCUCUAAUAACUGAUGCUGAAGAAAGCCAACUUACUUUUUAUUUUUAUGAAUUUAAGAUGGUUACAGAAAUUCUUAUUCAACCCAGCUCUGACUUCAACAAUUUUCCCCAUAAAAUUGUCGCAUCUGUUGAAAAUUCAAACAAGGUUUACGAGAGGCAAUUUUGUGACUCAACAAGGGACACAGAAAUUUACAGCAGGCCGAUUUCUCUAGUAUGCGAAAAACCUCUGUUGGGUAAUAGAAUUUCUCUAUAUCAAUCAGCAGAAAGGAAAAUUAGGGUUUGCGAGGUUGUGGUUUUUGGGCUAAACGUAACCGACAGUACACUUGGAGAAAGAGUGAUAAACAGUACAUAUCGAAAGCUAACUUCUAAUUCACAAGUAUACCCUCGAGAAGAUUGUCAAUCCCUUCACCACGGAAAGAGUUUAAGUAUGUACUUUGAUGGAUACUACAAUAUAACAGCGAUCGGAUUUCAAAUGUUUAGUGAUUUAUAUUGGACGUCUACUCUGAAAAUAACUAGCACAACAAACACGGAAGUAAGCAUCUGUAGCGAAACUAAAAUGACUAUAUAUCCUAAAAAGCCAGCAACAUUUACCUUCCACUGCAAAUCGGCAAUUUAUACUGAUUCUGUCCUUUUAAUAGCAAACAAUGUAAAUCUAAGAAUUUGUAAUGAGUAUGCUUAUUUUAUUGAAGAUUAUCAAAAGGAAAUGUUUUUUAUCGUUAAGACAGCUAAAAGAACUAUUCAAAACACAUACCUUAAUAAAAUUCACGAAAACGUACCAAAUAUUAUUAAUUGCUCUCGUCUAUGUAAAGAAUUAAGUGGUUGUCGAAGUGGAUCUUAUAUAAAAAGACAUAAAAGGUGCAGUUUGUCAAAAACUUAUAUUUCAAAUGACAUUCUUAAUGCGUACACGCUAGCCGUUGAAGAAGAUGUUAGCUUAUUUGUAUUAAAUUUAGCAACAAAUGAAGAAUAUUGCUAG